AUGGUCUACCUCAUGCGCUCAGCCUGUGUGCCCUUCUUCGAGAUGCUGAAGAAGUGGAUCUACCGGGGGGUGAUCUCCGACCCCUACGCCGCUGCACAGGACUACAUUGACUGUGCCUUCUUUUGGGAUCAGAACUACACGAUCGUGCGGACACAACUGCCGGCCUUCCUAGAGGCGCGCGCAGAGACGAUUCUCAAGACGGGAAAGUACCUGAAUGUCGUGCAACAGUGCGACAAUUCAAUCAAGUUUUGCGACCCCGAGGAGCUUACUUUUUCAGAAACUGACCAGCAGUUCAUGCGUCAAAUCGAUCAAGCCCAUGCGUUUGCCAGCAAAAAUUUGCUUCAACUUAUUAUCAACCAAAAGGACCUCAAGGGUAUAUUGAAGUGA